UGAUCAUCAUUAUGAAGCUGAUCCUUUCUCUGACUCUCAUCUGGGCGCUCUCCAGCACAGCUGGAGCACUUCAGUGUCUAAGCUGCACAAAUGAUCAGUGUGCAAACCCACCAUCAUUAACAUGUUCUUCAGAGACCAUGUGUGCGACAGCUACCUUUCAAACAAAUUCAUCUGGAGUUACAGUCUCACAAAUUGUGAAGGCGUGUGCACCAUCCUCCGUGUGUGCAGCUACAGGCUCUCAGAAAUUUUCAUUUAACGUGGGUGUUUUGCAGACAGUUGCAUCUCUUCAGUGCUGCAACACAGAUAACUGCAACACAGAAACUCUAGCUAUCCCUUCUGCUCAGCCAAACAGCCUAAAGUGUUUCACUUGUAACGCCACCACCUCUCAAUGCAACUCUCAAUUACAAUGUCAGGGAGUGGAGGACCGCUGCGUAAAAUUUAAUGUGACGAAUGGAGCCACUAAUUCUUCAGUCUUUGGCUGUGCAUCUGCAAACCUGUGUACACUUAAUGCCAAACAGAGUUUCCUACCUUCCUUGCAAAGUGUUGGUAACAUCACCAGUGGACCAUCCUGUUGUGGGACCAGUUUGUGUAAUGCUGUUACAACAAUUGCCAGUGACGCCGGCUGUAUGAGUCUGCUGCUCGGAGUCCUCAUCUUUACCCUCCGUUUUUUUUGAAGCCUGAUUUUGGGUUUACUGCUCACUUACAUCUGAAGUUGGCAGUUAGUGGGGCUUUGUGGGACACAAAGGCAGCAAAGAAAUAGACACACAAACAAACACAUGUACACA